CAGCACUGCGCACGUAGCGAUGUCCCGAUUGCAGUGGUUGGUGUGUAUCUCGUCCCUGGCGUCCCUGGCCAGUUGCACGGUCAACUUCACGACAGUCUUCACCCACGGCGAGGGCGGCUGGCCGUGUAUCCGCAUUCCCUCCAUAACCCUGUGCAGGGGGACCUUGCACGCCUUCGCCGAAUGCAGGAACAGGACGGGAGACGGCUGCAUGCCUACCACCAAGAGCCACACGACUGCAGACAAACCAGCGAGUGUUACUGCGGGGGUCUGCUACAAGAGCUCUAGCGACGAUGGUGCUACGUGGAGCGAGAUAAAACAGGUUGUGGCCGGGGCAACCCAACCAACCGUUGCUUGCAUUACAGACAAUCACCUCCUCCUACAAUGCAACUAUGACCUGGUGUGGUACUCGGAUGAUGCCGGGCAGACGUACACUGUUUCGGAGACGGUGCUACCCAAGAUGGACGAGGCUCAGUUGGUGGAACUGAGCGACGGACGUAUCAUGGCUAACAUGAGAAACAAUCACCUCAACUCAUGCGACUGCAGAGCUGUUGCUAUUAGCAGCGACGGUGGAAAGACCUUCGGUAACAUCACCUACGACUCAACUCUGAUCUCCCCAGUAAUACAAUCAUUGCGCUGA